AUGAUAGUUGGGAUCACAUGCAACUUCAUUGCGGAGCUAUGGGGGUUGAGAGAGUGUCUUAUCCGUGCAAAAGAUCGGAAGAUGGAGAAGAUUGUAGUUAAAACGGACUCGAAAGCUAUGGUGCACACCAUCAAGGGGGAAUCUGGUUCCCGCCCGAAAGAUGAUACCUUGAUCACUGAUUGCAAAGCUAUCAUGAGUCAGAUAAGAGAUAUUGACAUCAUCCAUGUUCUGCGAGAAGGCAACCAAUGUGCGGACUACCUGGUCAACUUGGGGCAAACCAGUGAUUGGGGUACAAUGAUAGUGAUUCAACUCUCGGAGGACAUCAAGACCUUGUUAGAAAAAGAUGUUAGAAGUGUUGCUACUAGAAGAGUCUACAAAUCCUAA